GGGAGGGCCGGCCAGGGGUGGAGAAGGAGGAACCGCACAGGACAAGCAGACAGAUAAAUGCAUCUUUAGCGUCCACUCCGUGACCUUGACUUGACCUCACUCAUUCUGUCUCCUUACUUGAAUAGGGACAAAAGUGCCCCGGGGGUUGGGGGAAGGUGUCUGUAGAUGGCUUGACUCGUGGUAAGUCGCCAAAAGCCAUCUUCGGCAAAACAGCCCCCACUUGCGCUCGGCACAGGGAAGGGGCGAGGGGCGGCUGCCGCUGGCGACCCCGGGAGCGAUGCCCUCCAAGUGCAAAGGUUCCUUGCGGGGAGAAGUCUGGAGAGAGACUCCCUGCCUCCCCCGGAUGGACGCGCGCCCCGCAGGUGGACCUGCCCGGGACGCUGCCCCUCCCCCGGGGUGUGUCGCCGUCACCGGGCGGGCGGAGGUGCUAUUUGAAGGCACGGAGGCCGUGAGCGCCGAGCAGGGGACAGCAUGGCCGCCCGCGACCCGCCGCCCGCCACCAGCUACGCGCCGUCCGACGUGCCCUCGGGGGUCCGCCUGCUCCUCACCAUCCCCUUCGCCUUCUUCGCGCCCGAGCUGAUAUUCGGGUUCUGGGUCUGGGUCCUCGUAGCUGCCACACAGGUGGCAACCCCGUUGCUGCAGGGAUGGGUGAUGUACGUCUCCCUGACCUCCUUCCUCAUCUCGCUGAUGUUCUUUUUGUCUUACUUGCUUGGAUUUUACAAAAAAUUUGAGUCCUGGAGAGUCCUGGACAGCUUGUACCACGGGACCACCAGCAUCCUGUACAUGAGCGCAGCCGUCCUACAAGUUCACGAGACAAUCAUGUCCGAGUCACAGAACCUGAAAAACUACUACGUCAACACCGCAGCCUCGUUCUUUGCCUUCAUCACCACCCUGCUCUACAUUCUGCACGCCUUCAGCAUCUAUUACCACUGAAACAUCCAGCCGCACCCAAUCAGAAUCGCUCCCCCAAGGCCCGGGUGACUGACCCCCCUCAAGCAAGCUUCAACCCUUGCCACGUGGAUGAUAAAGAGAUGACCACCGAAGCAUCUGUGGUAUUAACAGACCAUCCUUCUCAAAGAGCGACAAGACCCCUGCGGCACAUUUCCCUGGACAUUUUCGCCUACAGUGAUGAUACGAGAAAGGGGACCAUGCUCUGACCAUGAGCGCAGCUCUUCUAGAAAGUUAACUCGGAAGCCCUCGCCACUGAGAAUCCCAGCUCCACUGCUGCCAUACCUGUUGGGGAUUCUGCCUCAGGAACAAGGUCCCCCAUAGAUUUGGGCAUGUUCACUCUUAUUUUCUUAAAAUCAGAAAGUCCCUGGAGAUGUCUCAGCUCAAAAGCCCUUGCACAGGCCUAUACCUCCUUUCAGGCCUCUGCCCUGGAUCCUGCUCCAGCCCUGCUCUCCCCUCCUGUCCUGGGGACAAGGGCUCCCAUUUCUCCUCCCUUUCCUCCACCCGCCCGCAUUGGGAGCCAAGGAAAAAAUGGCUUAGAACCAACUCAGAGGGGAGAUUUGUGGGGAAAAUAAGUGAUUGGCUCUACAAAAUCCCUGUACAGUAAGACCUGGGGACAGAAGGUAGAGGAUAGGGUAGGGGUGGCCCAGUCUGCUGAUCCCCGGCCAAAACCCUGAGACCUGCCCAGCUCAGUACAACUGCUCUGACGACCAAGACCCACUUCCUAAGGACCAGCAGCCACCUGUCUCUCUGAGGAGACCUUCACUGAAGGGCGGGGGUGUCACAUCCACGGACUCUCCUCUCGGCUCCUGUCAAAAGCAGGGGGCAACUACCCCAUCAUCUCAAGGGCAGUGACAAGACUCCCUCCCAGGGGUCUGCCAUGUGCAUCUGCUCCCCAUGUUCCACUCUAGGUGGGGGCCAGGCCCUGGCAGGGCUGCCAAGGCCUCUACCUGGAAAGGCAUUUGCAUUGUGGGGGCUAUUUCCCAAGAAGAGGCUGCAAGGCCAAAUCAAGGUGCUUGGUUUGAAAGGAAAUAUUUCCCCAAAGAAAGCUGUGUUCUCUGGCAUUUCCCCACCCAGGGAGGGAUCUGGUGGCAGGCUCUCCUGACACAAGGGGAAGGGGAUAGUGCUUGAAACUGCCUGUGCCUGCUGUCACUUGGAAAUGAAAUAAAUUAUUACAUGAAAGGGACUUGUCCUACUGAUGGUAGAGCUUACUGUUUUUGUAUCAACUUUUUUCCAUUUCUUGGGGGUAUGGAACUCACCAAAGAUAAAAUGCCAGCUUCAUUAUUGUUUACUGUCACUUUCUAGUUGCCCUGAUAUCCCUAAAAGCCACCAUUCCUUGCUCCUUUUGUACCUGGAUGCUGUCUGGGAUGGUCACUGUUCAAUAUUUACUCAAUGGCCACGGGCAAAUAAAACCGUUUGUAUAGUAAAAA